UUAAGGGUGUUUACAUAGUGAAUGAAGGCACUAUAGGCAAUGUGAACUAAUUAAUUUUAAGAGUGCAAAUAUCAGGGUAUAAAAGCAAAGGCUGAAGAAUCAAAUCAUCAGUUUCUGCUGGGGUCCAAGGAACUCUUUAGGUGUUGUCUGUGGAAGAAACCAGGCAUCAUGAAGUGGUUGAUGUUGAUGCUGGCUUGCUUCCAGCUCUCAGAGGGAUUAGUGACAGUCCCUCUGAAAAAAGGCAAGUCUAUUCGGGAGACGAUGAUAGAGAAAGGUGUGCUGGAAGAUUAUCUGAAACAUCACAAUCUUGAUCCUGCCAGGAAGUACCACUUCAAUGAGUACAAUGUUGCUUAUGAACCAAUGGCAUACAUGGAUGCAUCGUACUAUGGACAAAUUGGCAUUGGAACUCCAGCUCAGAACUUCCUGGUGCUGUUCGACACUGGUUCUUCCAAUCUCUGGGUUCCUUCCAUCUAUUGCAAUACUGAGGCAUGCAGUAAGCAUGCCAGGUUCAACCCCAGCCAGUCUUCUACCUAUUCCACCAAUGGGCAGACCUUCUUUCUGCAGUAUGGCAGUGGAAACCUUGCAGGAUUUUUUGGCUAUGACACUUUGACACUGCAGAACAUUGUCGUCACUAACCAAGAGUUUGGUCUGAGUAAAAACGAACCUGGUGCCAACUUCAUUUAUGCGGAGUUUGAUGGUAUUCUGGGCAUGGCCUACCCCUCUCUGGCAGUUGGUGGUGCUACUACAGCAUUAGAAAGGAUGCUGCAGGAAAACUUGCUAUCACAGUCCGUCUUUAGCUUCUACCUGAGUCGCCAACCAAACUCACAGUAUGGUGGUGAGGUCGUGUUUGGAGGUGUGGAUACUCGUCUUUAUUCUGGAGAGAUUUAUUGGGCUCCGGUCACCCAAGAACUUUAUUGGCAGAUUGGAAUUCAAGAGUUUUCUAUUGGAGGACAAGCAACUGGUUGGUGCAGUCAAGGUUGCCAGGCUAUUGUGGAUACUGGGACCUCUCUCCUCACCGUUCCCCAGCAGUACAUGAGCAAUUUCUUGAGUGCUGUGGGUGCCCAGCAGAAUCAGUAUGGACAGUAUGCUGUUAAUUGCAACAAUGUUCAGAACCUUCCCACCAUCUCCUUCACCAUCAAUGGAGUUUCCUUCCCUCUGCCUCCCUCUGCCUACAUCCUCAAUAACAAUGGCUACUGCACAGUUGGGAUUGAGCCCACAUACCUUCCUUCCCAAAACGGACAGCCUCUCUGGAUCCUUGGAGAUAUCUUCCUCAGGGAGUACUAUUCCGUCUAUGACAUGGGCAAUAAUAGGGUUGGCUUCGCCACUUCUGCCUAAGCCUGCUUGUUUGUUUUAUUAUUACCUGCCCUGGAAAGGAUUCUUUAAAACAUGCUUGGCUUCUUCAAUUAGAGUGCCUUUCCUUAAGAUUCUUAAAUAGUGGUUUAAAGCCCCCACACCUCUGUUCUCCUUUCUUCCUUUCAAAGCUUGUAUUGGACAAGUCCUUUUGAAGUCUCUGUAUUCUGGGAGCCCUGAAUUUCUUCUUCCCUUGAAUCACUGGGCAAUACUCUAAUCAUAUCUGUGGCAGACUGGAAAAUAAAUGGUUAAAAGUAA